GUUGAAACCCCAAUCACGUUAUCAAGACGGAAGGAAGCUGAAGAUAUUGCAGAGACAUAUCAAUCUUUGAAGGGCUAGGCAGAAAUGCGAUCCCUCAAUAUCCUUCCUUCAUUGCCGUCGCUGCAAAACCUUACCUCGGACCACAUUCACCUCUUCAAACCCGUUAGCCCCUUUAAUUUCCACCCAAGUUCCAAAGCCCUAACCAACGGUUUUUGCUACAGAGUCCAAAGCUGUGGACUCCAUGGCCGGAAGAUUAAUUGCAAUGCUUUUAAGGAUUCCGGCGAAGAAACUAAGGUUGUCUUGGACUCCAGUGGCGGCGAUGAUGGCGGAGGGAGUGGUGGUAACGGCGGUGAUGGUGGUGAGGAUGGAGAGGUGCAGAAAAAAGAUGGGUCUUCGGGACCUUUGCCGGAUUGGUUGAAUUUCACUUCUGAUGAUGCAAAGACCGUCUUUGCGGCACUGGCAAUCUCGCUUGCGUUUCGGUCGUUUGUGGCCGAGCCUAGGUACAUUCCUUCCUUGUCAAUGUAUCCUACGUUUGAUGUUGGAGAUCGAAUUGUUGCAGAGAAGGUUUCAUACUAUUUUAGAAAGCCUUGCACAAAUGACAUAGUAAUAUUUAAAAGCCCACCAAUCCUUCAGGAAGUUGGGUACACCGAUGAUGAUGUCUUUAUAAAACGAGUGGUUGCAAAAGAAGGCGAUAUUGUGGAGGUUCAUAAAGGGCGUCUUAUAGUUAAUGGGGUUGAAAGGAACGAAAAGUUCAUCCUCGAACCACCCUCUUAUGACAUGACGCCUACACGUGUGCCACAGAAUUACGUUUUUGUGAUGGGAGACAACCGUAACAACAGCUAUGAUUCGCAUGUGUGGGGCCCCCUGCCAGCCAAGAACAUCAUAGGCAGAUCAAUUUUUCGGUAUUGGCCACCAAAUAGGAUUGGCGGCACAGUUCCUGAGGUAAGUUGUCCUGUUGAAAGUGACCAGGGGACUAGCCUAGCUUCUCAAUGAAACUUCUUCACCCAUCCAG